GCUCACAGACCGGGGCACUUUCGGUGCCCAGUCUAGAGGGCUCUCGCGGGUGGCUGUACCCAUUUUCCAGAGCGGGCGACUGAGACCCGGAGGAAUUGCGUCCUGUUCGCGGCCAGCCAGCUCCGGUCCUGCCUCUGAGCACUUUCCAGGCUUGGGGGUAACAGAGCUGGCCUGCUGAGGGAUGCCCAAGAAGUUCCAGGGUGAGAACACCAAGUCGGCAGCGGCCCGGGCACGGAGGGCUGAGGCCAAGGCAGCAGCUGAUGCCAGGAAACAGAAGGAGCUGGAGGAUGCCUACUGGAAGGAUGAGGACAAACACGUCAUGAGGAAGGAACAGCGCAAGGAGGAGAAGGAGAAGCGUCGCCUGGAGCAGCUUGAGCGCAAGAAGGAGACACAGCGCCUGCUGGAGGAGGAGGACUCUAAGCUCAAGGGCGGCAAGGCCCCCCGUGCGUCUGCGCCCAGCAAGGUCACCCGGGCCCAGAUCGAGGAGACACUCCGCCGAGACCACCAGCACAAAGAAGCCCCGGACCCAGUCGAGAAAGCCAAGAGCCACUUGGAGGUGCCGCUGGAGGAGAAUGUGAACCGCCGCGUGCUGGAGGAGGGCAGCGUGGAAGCACGCACCAUUGAGGAUGCCAUUGCCGUACUCAGCGUGGCAGAAGAGGCUGCGGACCGGCACCCAGAGCGCCGCAUGCGGGCGGCCUUCACUGCCUUCGAGGAGGCACAGCUGCCGCGGCUCAAACAAGAAAACCCCAACAUGCGGCUGUCGCAGCUGAAGCAGCUGCUCAAGAAGGAGUGGCUGCGGUCGCCAGACAACCCCAUGAACCAGCGGGCCGUAACCUUCAAUGCCCCCAAGUGAGCCCAGAACUGGGGGACCCGCCCCACAGGCGGUCAGGGUCGUGAUAUCACACGCCCUCCUGCUGGGUCAGCUGCGUGGGUUACAGAGAGGUCCGGGGCUGAGGCGAGUGUCCUGGGGGCUACGUGGCAUCAUAGGUCAUGCCUCCCGCUGGAGAGUCCCCGCUUCGAGUGAUGCCCGCCACCCCCUUCCUGCGCCCGCAGAGCCCUGGGAAUGAUGCCCAAUAAAGGCAGUCGGUGAGGCAGA